UUUUUAUUUCCUAUUCCAACUUAAAAAACCCACCGCAAAACGCUCUCUCUGAAGCUUUUCUUUUACCUUUUUAUUUCUUUUACACUGUAAACUCAUAAAUCAGCGCAACCUUCCCAAACCUUUGACUUGGCGUCUCCAUGAAGCUUCCGCUUCUCUGAGCUCUUCUUCCAAUCUCGCUCUCUGGAAGCUGUGAUUUCGUGUGCGUCACAGAAACGGAAUGGGCUGUGCUGGAUCCUCACAGGCCAAAGGCGACGGUACCGUGAAAAAGAUCCGGAAGCCAAAACCUUGGAAGCAUCCUCAGCCAAUUACAAAGACUCAGCUCAUGCAGCUGCAAGACGAGUUCUGGGACACUGCUCCUCACUAUGGUGGCAGGAAAGAGAUUUGGGAUGCACUUCGAGCUGCUGCUGAAGCUGAUUUAACCCUUGCACAAGCGAUUGUGGACAGUGCAGGCGUCAUAGUUCAGAGUGCUGAUUUAACAAUUUGCUAUGAUGAAAGAGGUGCCAAAUAUGAACUACCAAAAUAUGUUUUGAGUGAGCCGACCAACUUGAUUCGAGACAGUUAACACUGGAGAGGAUACAUAGCACCAUUUGUGCACAGGGAUUCAAUGUAAAUCAUGUAUAUUUUUCUGUCAUCCUGUUUCAUAUCUUUCACCAUGUAAACUUUUUAUGCCUUUCCAUUUGCAUUCACUUUGGACUGCUCUUAGUUUGCUGUAGGUUUCUUCUGUGAAUUGAAUGAGAAUGCAACAUCUGUUUGGUUUA